AAAAAAGUGGAAGCCGAAGCUGAGGCCUCGUCCGCCUUUCUUGCACAAUCCCACCAUUCCGAUCCAACCAUCGGCGCAAGCCACAAAGCUGAUUCCCAUGGCUUCUACUUCCUUUCAGACUGCCAACUUGAACUCUUCCUUUUGGAGUGAGAGGAGCAGAAUUUGUAUUUCUGCUAGACCUGCUGCAAUUCGUGUUGGUUUCACAAAGAAGAGCAAUAUUGAGUGUAAAGAAUCUAGAAUUGGAAAGCAACCAAUUGGUAUCCCAUCCAAUGUGACAAUUUUAUUGGAAGGACAGGGUUUGAGUGUAAAGGGUCCUCUUGGCCAGCUUUCAAUCACUUAUCCGCGUGAAGUUAAGGUUGAGAAAGAGGAAUCCGGGGAACUUAGAGUCAGAAAGGCACUGGAAACCAGAAGGGCCAACCAAAUGCAUGGCUUGUUCAGGACUCUGACUGACAACGUGGUGGUGGGUGUCUCUAAAGGAUUUGAUAAACGGCUCCAACUAGUGGGUGUUGGGUACCGUGCCAUACUUGAAGGAAAAGACUUGGUUUUGAAUCUGGGUUUCUCUCAUCCGGUUAGGAUGGAAAUCCCAGAUGGCCUGCAGGUGAAGGUGGAGGAAAACACUAGAAUAGUGGUGAGCGGGUAUGAUAAGAGCGUCAUUGGCGAAUUUGCAGCUUCCAUCAGAAAAUGGAGGCCGCCUGAACCAUACAAGGGUAAGGGAGUCAAGUAUGCUGAUGAAAUCAUUAGAAGAAAAGAGGGUAAAGCUGGGAAAAAGAAGUGAUGUUUUUGUUUGCCUUUUUGUUAACAGUAUCCAUUUUGUAAAAUUGAUGAAGAAACAUACAUCCUAUUUCCAAUUCAUUAGCAAUACAUUUCGAUUAAAUUGUAUAUCAUAUCAUGUCUAUAACU